CCUCGCUCGGCGUCAGAUGGAGCUAGACGGCAUUUCUCGUCAGCAGCCACGCCCAGCGCAGAUUGCUGUGCUGCCAGGGCGUGUACCAUACCGUCCACCAGGCGCGCGCAAGAGCAAGAGCAACACGAGUAGGAGCAGCACAAGGUCGCCCCGAUGCCGAGCUCGGCACGUGGCGCGACGCCGCAUGAGAGAGCGCCGCGCAGCAGCGGCUCCUGAGCCAGGAGCCGCUGCUGCGCUGUCCCCUCGUCUUUUGAUGCCGCAAGCGGAGCAGUUUCGGCAAGACUCUUCUCUGCUGAGCAAGGCGCUAAGGCGCUGCCAUGGGCUGCGGGCUGAGCUGCAGCCAAGGGUACAGAGCGGCAGCAACGCAUUAUGCGGCCACACCGCUGCCGCUGUCCCUCACCGCACGCCGCAGCGCGCCUCGCCUCGCGUCUCUGCGCUGCACCCCUGACACACGCUGGCGCGGGAGCCAGCCGUCGAAGCUGCUUCUGCCGGCGUGCGGGCCGCGAAAAGAGUGCAAAGUGGCCUCUCGAGCUGCUGCGUGCUGCUGCCCUGCAAGUGCGCUGCGGCCGUGGGCGCAAGCGCCGUGCCUGCGUCUGGCGCUGGAAGGCACCCCAUCACCCCGCGGGGCGAGAGGUUGGCCCGUCUGUGCGCCCUGGACGAGGUGGUGCCGCCGCUCGGCGGAAUCGCCUCGCUUGCUCGCUCUCACGCCUGCGACAGCAGCCCGCCCCGCUCUUUGCUCUCGGCGAGAUUGUCAUCUCACCAUCUCAGCAUGCAGCAGCGCCCAGCAUCAGCAGCGCUCUGGUUCGAGCGUGAGAUGCUGCUGCUGACGAGCACGACCUCAGCUGCAGCGGCGGGGCAGCCGCUGCGCGCUGCAGCGCGACCGCUGUCGUCCCCCUGCGCCGCGCUACCACCC